AUGCUACUCAAUAAGUUGUCCAGCGCUAGCCUCCACGAAGAAUGUGUGAUGGAAUCUUUUGACGUCACACCACUGUACACUAACGUUUCGAAUGAAGCAGCGCUGGAGGCCAUAUACGAAUUACUGUGCGAACAUGAACCUGAUCUACACCCUCAUGGGUUCACUGUUACGCAAGUGAUGACGACCUUGGCAGAGUGCCUGGGAUGCUCCGUUUUCAGGUGGUCAGGCGAGUACUACAAGUUACGUGGUCUAGCUAUGGGGCAACGAUUAGCCCCUGUGUUGGCCAUAGCGCUUAUGUCGAAAAUCGAGAAGCAGUUCUGGGUCGUGGCCCAAUCCUAUAAUAUCGUUACAUUGACGACUGCCUUAUCAUAUGUUCGACUCAGGAAGAAUUGGACAUUUGUUACGAUGUCCUGA